ACAGUCUCAUCUGAAACUUUACCGUCAAGAGGUAUGUUGCUGAAACUUUAAAUACAAAUGUGUAGAGUGUGCAUUGUGGGAAUAAGACACCAAAAAUUUCAACUUUUGUAAAUUUGUAUUUCUCAAACGUGUGAAUGUGUGUCUAUUCUGCGAGAUGUGUUGGACCCUCUUCAGAAUUAAGAAUAUCAGAACAAUCUGUUUGCAUCAUUCGCUUUUUUCCACUAUAUUGACUGUACUCAGCAUUCAAAUGAUCGACUGUCAAUGGCCACCCCCACUUCCGGCCUCUUUCAAAGAGUUACGCGAUAGUCAAUUCUUCGUAGACAACACACAUCUCAUCCAAGACGCCUUGAACGGUCCUGACCACUCGCUGAUUCGAGCGCGGCACGGGUUCGGGAAAACUACGUUCCUAGACAUGGUACGACGCUUCGUCGAGCUGGACGUUUUCCCCAACGGCACGGUCAACACCGACAAACACACCCGCAAAAACUACGAUUCUUUUGCCAAAAUCGUCCCCAGCUCGGGUAGAUUCCUCACCGUUUUCCAGAACAAGUCCUUCUUCGAAACCAACUUCGGCGCGUAUCCCGUCAUCUUCCUGGAUCUGAAUCUAAAGGGGGCCAAAACGCCCGAUUCAACAGAUCUCGCUCGCUACUUACUGAACGGAACCGUUAAAGCUGCAUUCACACACCACGAGUACCUCAUUAACUCGUCGUUCAUACAUUUCGAAGAUAAAAACCUAAUGAGUAGAUUCCUCGUUCCCUCCGACAAUGAAAACGUAGAAAAAUACUCGCCGCGUUUUGCCAUCACGCUUUUGAGAAAACUUCUGAGGCAACACUUCCAAAAAGACGUAAUUCUGCUGAUAGAUAACAUAGAUGGCCCGUUGAGGGAGGUACUUUUCGACCCCGGACAAGACACCAACGCAACAUUCGCGAAACUCGACGUUUUCGGAAGCAUAUUCGAAGAGGUGCCUGAUGACAAGCCACCUCUUCUGACCCUCAUGUCUUGCAUCAUCGUUCCGUAUUACAGAUGGCCUCAAUACGUUACAAAUUCUAGCAUCCAUCUCGAUGGUUUUUUUGAUGUCGAGAUGACGUCACUGGCGAAACUUGCGGGUGUGGACCACGAAAUUGAACAGAUUUCGACUUGGUACGGUGGUUUUAGCGUGUUCAAUCCGGAAUCAAUCGUCAGGUUUCUAAGCAUCGCGAUGAAAGAGUUCAAACCCUACUGGUCGGAGUUAGGAUCGCUCGAGACAUUCAAAGUGGCAUUUGCGCCGCAGUGCUUCGGACGACAAAUUUUAGAAUGUUACCAGGAGUGUAAGUUGUGGAUGUUAGGGGGCGCGGACAUCAGUGGUAUGUCGACAAAUAUCGUGCGAAAACUUAAAAUUUUGCAGAAACUCAACUUUCCAGUGCAGGCAGCCGAAUGUCCUCUAGAUACUUUCCCCCAUUUCAUUGGCCUGUUAGAGAACCUCGGAUAUCUAACGUUCACCCGACGUAUCAGUCGAUCUUCAACGAGUCCUUUGACGUUCAGUGCGUUCAAAGUCCCAAACCAAGAGGUGAAAGAAUAUUUCGCCAGACUCCUGUAUGAGGCCAUCAGACGUCAAAUUCCGUUGAACGGGGAUGUCAAUUUCAGGCAAGAAUUAUUUGAGGCCAUUGCAGGGGUUGACGGUUCUGAACAACGAAUGCGUAGAUUGACCAGCGCGCUGGUGACUUUACUCUUGGCCUCGGAGCGCCGGAACCAAACUGCCGAUGCGACGCUAGCGCAUUCUAUCAGGGUACAUUUACUUCAUCCUCCACCCGAGUUCAAAGUUCCUUAUGUAAAGACAAGCCGCAGCGAGGAAGACUCGAAAAAUCAGUCGGAUUUUGACUUGGUUUUCGUUUUGAAAUAUAUGACCGCAACGUUAGGUUAUGUCUUGAAGAUUGAAUCGGAUGUACAACCGACAGUGAAUCGGACUUUGAAUAGCGCAUAUCUCGAUGUUUUCUCGACGAGAAAGUUUGACAAUGUUUUCAAUGCAACUGUGAUAAAAGUAGCUGCAAAUUUGCGGUGUGGUAUUUGUGAUGUGAGUGGUGAACAUAUUUGUAGGUUAAGUUACCUGUUUAAUGACACGCAUCUGGAGCGGGAAAAGCAAGUUGAUGUGAAGAAACAUCAAAUAGCGGAGGAAGCAAGAACUAGAUGGCAAAAGUUUUGAAAUUAUUUUUUACAAAAGAAUAAAAGGAAACUCAGCUGUAAAAAAUUACGAACUUAGUCUUGUUGCAGUUGAAGUAACAAAAAAUGUCAGCGAUUAUUAGGGUUUUAAUCAUUUUUGACACCCAGGAAAUCUAGAAACCGGUGUUAGAUUGGUGUCGAAGUUAUUCAGGCAUCUGGUUACAUUCAGAAGCAUGGCGUGCUUUGCGAUAUAUCGAUUGAUCUGCCAUUUAAAUCUACAAAAAGGGAUCGAUUAACGGGAUGUUGGCGACGAACACCUUAAUAAUCGAUUCUUUACCAUAGCUUCAAAUGGGGAAAUAUCGAUAUUCGAUCAUAACGCCUCGCCCCUAGUUAAAUUUACAAAUCACGUACUUACACAUGGUGACAUGAUUUUAAAGUUUAGAGAAUGUCUGAGCUAAAUAUUAGAGUGCAGAAAUACCGAGGUGCUCACAGAAUGCAUCUUGUCUAUUUUAACCCCUCGAAUUUUUAACAACGUCUGCUAUUUUUGGCCGUAUUAAUUUUGGCUCGGUUUGCAAACAGAACCUCUCUUCUCCCUGUGCUCGAAUUUUGAAACCUCGCGCUCUGUUAGGACAACAAGAGGGGUCGCUUGAAAGUAAUAAGAAGCAGGAAAAGGGACCGAGCGGGUUUGCCGUGCAGCAUAGAAAAUCUGAAUAUUACUCCACGAUGAAAAAGUUAGAAUCGGACCAAGAUGAGCUCUCAACUCUUGCUUACGGACUCAGGGGUUAGAGCUACCAUCAUUUGUCAGAUGAGAACAUGGUAAAUUUGGAAAGAGGAAAAGAAAAAAGAGAGAAGAGAGAUCAAUAAUGAAGGCUGUUUAAAGUGCACGUUACAUCUCAUCUGAAAUUGUCGA